CACUCCCAUUGUGUCCUUUGUAUCUUUUAAAUUACCCCCUACUCCCUGAUGUUAUGUCUUUAACCUGUGAAGUUUGGUGUCGGUCCCUGCCCGUGGAGAAAAUGGUUCAUUCUGGUCCUCAUCCCUUUUCCAGUUUAGCUAUUGUGCACCAAUGAUUGACAAGACCACGAGGCUGAGCUCGCCCAGGAGAUUUUUCUAUAAAUGGCUUAAAACCCGGGGCUAGACUAUUUGCUCCGAUAUAAGGGGGACAAUUCCCUUCUUGUUUUCUGCUGGUGAACCCUGGCUUUGUAGGGCGAACCUAGAAUUUAAUCAAACUGCCCUAAGCUAGCGUUGGAGGGCGAAAAGAGCUGCGUCCUCCUGAAGGGUUGAAAGUGAAGGGCGGCCCAGGACGCUCUGCUCUGGGGCUGGUGCCCGGGGGCUCGAUCCUCUUCCUGUGUGCGUGGGUACCUGAGCCAAGUACUCGGCGUGAUGGACUGCAAUAACGGAUGCUCCCCAGAAUGUACCGGAGAAGCGGGAUCAAAAGAAACGGUGGGGACUUUCAAGGCUAAAGAUCUAAUAAUCACACCAGCCACCAUUUUAAAGGAAAAACCAGACCCGACGACUCUGGUUUUUGGAACUGUUUUCACGGAUCACAUGUUGACAGUGGAGUGGUCCUCAGAGUUUGGAUGGGAGAAACCUCAUAUCAAGCCUCUUCAAAACCUGUCAUUGCAUCCUGGCUCAUCGGCUCUCCACUAUGCAGUGGAAUUAUUCGAAGGAUUGAAGGCAUUUCGAGGAGUAGAUAAUAAAAUUCGACUCUUUCGGCCAAACCUCAACCUGGAUAGAAUGUACCGAUCUGCUGUGAGGGCCACUUUGCCGGUGUUUGACAAGGAAGAGCUUUUAGAGUGCAUUCAACAGCUCGUGAAACUGGAUCAAGAAUGGGUCCCACAUUCAACAACUGCUAGUCUCUAUAUUCGUCCAACAUUUAUUGGAACUGAGCCUUCCCUUGGAGUCAAGAAGCCUACCAAAGCCAUGCUCUUUGUAAUCUUGAGCCCAGUGGGACCUUAUUUUUCAAGUGGAACCUUUAAGCCUGUGUCCCUGUGGGCCAAUCCAAAGUUUGUCAGAGCCUGGAAAGGUGGGACUGGGGACUGCAAGAUGGGAGGGAAUUAUGGGUCAUCUCUUUUUGCCCAAUGUGAAGCAGUGGAAAAUGGCUGUCAGCAGGUUCUGUGGCUGUAUGGAGAAGAUAAUCAGAUAACUGAAGUUGGAACUAUGAAUCUUUUUCUUUACUGGAUAAAUGAAGAAGGAGAAGAAGAACUGGCAACUCCUCCACUAGAUGGCAUCAUUCUUCCAGGAGUGACGAGGCAGAGCAUUCUGGACCUGGCACGCAAGUGGGGUGAAUUUAAGGUGUCAGAGAGAUACCUCACCAUGGAUGAUUUGAGAGCAGCCCUGGAGGAGAACCGAGUGAGGGAGAUGUUUGGCUCGGGCACAGCCUGCGUUGUUUGCCCAGUUUCUGAUAUACUCUACAAGGGUGAGACUGUACACAUCCCAACUAUGGAGAAUGGUCCUAAGCUUGCAAGCCGGAUCUUGGACAAAUUGACUGAUAUUCAGUACGGAAGAGAAGAGAGCGACUGGACAAUCAUAGUAUCCUGAUGGGAAAAUACGGGAUAUCAUUUGACUGUUUGAGACAGACCGUCGCAGUUGAAUUACAAUAGAUUUCUUUGGCUACCUGUUUUUAGUUGUGCCUAGUGUAGUUUGUAUUAUCAGUUAUUACUAGGGUGAUUGUUUCCUCAUGCCAGAGAAAAUGAAUUGAGAUCAUCAAGUGGUAUUUUGCAAACUCGGCGUUAAAAGCUUACUUCACCUUCUCUUCAAAAGAUGAUAAUGGAAGCCAUACAGCAUAGACUUUUCCUCAAUAAUCUUAGUGCCUCCCUUAAUACUUUACUCAGAUACAAAAAUAUUUUAUUCCUUAGCAUAAGUUAUGUUCAACCAAAUGAGUUUCUUUGUGUUUAAAAACUGAUCUGAGUAAAUUUCAUAGGUAAUGUUUCCUGCGACAUUAUCUUCAUCUUCAGAAAAUUGUUUUGUGUGUUUUUUUUUUUUAAAUAAUCAAGAGCUUGAAAAACUGGUAUUUCUCCCUUCACAUUUUUCUUUGCAGUCCCCCUAAAUCCAUCUUAAAGAGUAAAUCUUCUUUCUUUUUGAUGUCACAGCCUCCUCUAGGCUCUCCUUGUGCAUCAGCAGGACCUGUGCACAUUUCCACCGCUGUCCUCUUCACAUUGUAUUGUAAGUGGCUGUUUGUCAGGCUCCAACACAAGACUGAGGCUCUUGUGCCUUUGAGAUCUUUGUAUCCCACUGCCUGGCACGUAAUAGGUACUCAUUAAAUAAUGAAUGAAUGAACAUUUAGCUUCUAUAGAAGUGUACCUUCUUUGUUUCUAUAUUAUGAAACCUCUUUACUAGAAUUUGUGGUUGAUUCUGACAUUGUGUACAUUUACCUCAUGUUGUCUUCAUUUUCCAGAGACUGCUAAGUCAUUAGAGAUACUCAGAGACAUAGUUUGUUGGAGGGAUUAUUUUGUGUUUGAAGACUGCCUUGGAAUUGAAAUAGCAGCUCUAGAGAGGUCGUGAUGUCAUAUCAACCAAAUGGAAAUGACCUUUGUGAAGUGUUAAAUACAUAUAUGUUAAGUGUUAAGUACAAAAUAAAUAAUCAUAUUUAGCUUUUUGGUAGAAAGAGCAGUAUACUUUGGUAUACCUCAUUUCUGUUGAGUGGGGAUUGGAGGAGCACAUGGUUAGGGUACAAGGAGAGUGAUUCUGGUUGAUCUUUUCCUCAUUUAGGAGCUGUGAGUUAGAACUGAAUCCUGGUUUAUUUAGGGGAAAGUCAGUCAAACCUUGCUAAAAAACAUUUACCCUUGGAAGGUCAACUCUCAGACAUUAUAUUUUGGUUUCCCUCAGUUCUAACUUUCAUCUUGCUGAUCAUAUUUCAUUCUCUUUUCAGAGCAAGGGGGAAAAAAGACAUUCUAAAAGUUUGAUGUGUUAGAAAAAUUUCCUUAAGGCAUUUAGCAGCACACAGCAAAUGGGGCUUUGAUUCUUUUCCAAGACUUUUGGCCAUAGGGUCCUUUUAGAUAGGAAUGGUAAAAUGAAAAUUAGGGAAGUAUAUAAGAUGAAAAGGAAUAGUAAAAAUAUCUUUUAGGGGUCUUUUAAUUGGUGAUCUGAAGUCUUGGAAGUCUGUUCUUUUCAGGCCUCAGGUACUUUCACUGUCCUCGACACACUUCACCAAGUAGUAUUCGAAGGGUAUGCAUCUGCCUUGGCUAAAUCCUGUGACCUCGUUUCUAAAACAGUAGUCUAGAAAAGAGGUACAGGUAAUUCCAACCUGUCAAGUAGCAUUUAAUAACUAGACCUACAUUUCUAUGAGAAAUGGAAGUCAUUUGUUUGCCAUAAAUACAUUUCAUACUUUGCAUCUCUAAAUUUAGUAUGGCAACACAUGUCCGUUGUAAAAGUUAGAGAACAAUAUGUCUUGACAUUAUGUCUCUAGGAUUUCUUUCAUCAGACCUUAAGAGCAUUUUAAGCCCUUUCUACCAGAUGGAGUGAAAGCUAAGGAUACACAUUUUUAAAAAACUGGAGGUCUCCUAAAACCGAGAGCACAAUCUGCCAUUCUCUUAAGUAAUAAGACAGAAAAUUGACCUUGACACUAACUUGUUAAAUAGAUUUAAAAGGAACAUCUGCACAUCUUUUUUCCUUGUGCACUAUUUGUUUAAUUGCAGUGGAUUAAUACAGCAGAGUGAUACAUUAUAACUAGGCAAUUAUCCAUUCUUCAGGACUUAGUUAUCCUAACACUAAUUGAUCAUUUAUGGUGUAAGAUAGUCUAGCAUUAGGAACAUGUGAGGCUAAUCUGCUCAAAAAGAUCAACAAAUUAAUAUUGUUGCUGAUAUUUGCAUAAUUGGCUGCAAUUAUUUAAUGUUUAAUUGGGUUGAUCAAAUGAGAUUCAACAAUUCACAUGUGCAUGAGUAUAAACAGAACUGGUGGCACUUAGAAUGAUAAUGAUUAACUUAUUUUGCAUGUUCUCUUCCUCCCACUUUUUUUCAGUUUUUACAUUUCAGACCAAGUUUAUCAGCUUUUUCCUAAACACAUUGGUAGACCAGGAUUUUUAAAUGAAGUUUUCAGACAUAAACAUAACUUGGGCAUUUUUUAAAGAUAUUUGCUAUUAGAAUUUUUUUUUUUUGGUCUCAGUCAUUUAUUAAGGAUUCAAAUUAUAAUACCUCAAAAGAAGCCUCAACUGCAGGGGUGUGUCCCAUUCUCUGAAGGACCUGCAGCUGGUAGGAAUGAAAUAAACUAACAAUACCUGUUUUAACCUUUGCUUUCAAAUGUACAAAAGAAAAGUAAAAGAGUAAGAGAAAUAAGAGAAUAAGAAAAGUUGUUAGGGAAUCAUGUUAUUUUCUCUCUUGUAAACACCCUCUAUUCUUUUCUCAAAAUACUGCCCUAAGGGGAAAAAAUGACAGAAGACAGCAGCUAGAAAGCACAGCGCAGCACCACUUACAGGACACACAGCGGCGGCACUUCUCAAGUUUGGGAACGCCUACGUGAGGUGCCCUAGGAUCUGGUUUAUUGCUUGAUGUCAUUGUACCUAAACGAGCGGUCUUGCUUCCCUCAAAUCAGCACUCUUGAACACUUGAGGCAGUUAAUGAGUAGAUCUUGGUCAAAAGAGAUGUAGGAGCCUCUUACCAAAGCGGUAGAUUGAGCUCCAUGUUAGACGGUUUGUGCUAUAAAAUCAGCUGCCAGAAUACGCUUAUGUAUUCUCCCCAUUCCCACUCAGUGCUCAGUGACUGAAUUCUUUUUUCUUAAAAAGUUCCUUUUUAGGAGUAGAUGUUCGAUUGACCAUUACAGAUGGGAAAAAUAUAUUUUAGGCAGAAAAUGACAAUACUUGUUCACUUGUUAUUUAUAUUUUCUAAAAUAUUUUGGGCAAUCAAUAUUCAUCAGACGGACUAAAGCAAAGGGCAUAGACAGGGGUCAGAGAGGACAUUGUAAGGCUCACUAAUUUCAUCUUCUGAUGCUAAAUGUGAUCAAGAAUUAUUCCUUAUAAUGUGGAUUUCUUAUGUGGAUAUGCAGAAACUUAAGUUAUAAAUAGUAAUGCUCACAAGUAAUUUGAGUGGGCAUUUCAUAACAUCUGUCACUUUGUUUUUUCACAAGUAGAAUUUGUUCACCUAUUUUCCAGAUACCUUCCCUUGGAAGAGACAGGGAGUACCAGCUUUUCAAUAAGCAUUUUGAAAGUUGUCUGUUGACAAAGAUCAUAGAGAUUAUAGUUAAUUUGGUCAGUUCAUUUGAUAAAUGUUGAUUGAGUACCCACAAAUUUGCAUCUAACACAGCUAGUGGUAGAGAUUAGGAGUUAGUUUUAGAAAAUAAAUAGUUUGUAGACAUUAUCCUCAUGGAGUUUAUACUCUACUACUUAAAGUUUUAGAUAAAAAGGUAUAUUUAAUGUAGUUAGAUAAUAGGAGAUAAUGGCCAGAACACAUCUCUUAUCAAGAAAUCAUAGUGAACAUUUCCAUCUCAGUUUUAAAGGAAAUUUGUCUCUUUUUUCAUUCCUUUCUUCUGGUGCAAACCUCCGGUAGGAUUACUACUUAGGGGUUAUUCAGCCACUGUCUAUGUGGUGUGAUUCCCUGUCGGUUUACUGCGUAUUGCCAACCUGCCUAGUACACUUGGUAACUACAUUCUCGGGAGCAAUGUUAAAUUGUCAUGGCUCAUCUAACAAUAGAUUGUCUCAAAUUACAGCAUCCUUGCUGAUCUUAAACUCAAAGCCAGAUAUUAUUGAAAUAAAAUGUUCCUAGAAUGAAUUUUUCUGGAAAAUGUCUAUUAUGAAUCAAACUGUUUAGAGCAUUAGCUUGAAAAUGCUGGAUCCAGCGACUCAGAAAAUCACAAGUAGAAGACUAAUAUAACAACGACUUUUCCUGGUCUGAGGUUUUCAAGAAAGUCCAUUUAAAGUAUUGCAAAGACAAUUGUAUUCUUCAUGGUCAAAACACACUUUAAAAAAUUCAGAGGGAGAAGAAAGUGAUUUUUCAUCUUCAGUGUCCAGACCAUAUGAAAAGGCUUCCCAGACAUUAAUUUGGGGAGCUUGAUUUAAAAAAACACAUCAACAUGAUACAACAGUGUUUGUGGGUAAAUAAUUCUGUGGGAUCAGAUAAAAGUACACAUAUUUACUUUAGUGAAUGAUUUGCAUGAAUGAUUCGAAUGUGAAUGAUGAAGGCAUGAAAUUCAGUAUUAGAAAAUGAAGCGGUCUUUAAAAUCUGCUGGAUACAAUUGAAGUCUUAAGUAAGUCGUAUUCUACCUGGAAGUGUAUUUUUCAUACCUCUGUAGGCCCUAGAGUAAGGCUUAAAACUUAAGUUACAUAAUGUUCCAACUUACAGAAUCCGCUAUUGGGACAUAAGAAUUAACUAUAAGCUGUGGUAUGAGAAUGAAUUAAAAUAUAGUUUCGAUGGCAAAUUUCUCUGCACAUCCACUGUCAUAAUGGCUAGGUUCCUAUUAUUACAUUAUUAAUUAGGUUCCAUUAUUAAAUUAUGGGGCAAGAAACUUUUAAUUAGAGAAGAUGUCUGAUGAGGAACAACUGAAGAAGGUAGAGGAAAAAAGUCAAACUUGCUUUUGUGUUGUCCAGAGGAGCCUUGUCCUUAGCCAGCCAGCCACAGGGAUCUUUAGCUUUCAGCAUAGAUGCCAAAUACAAAUAGUGCCAACCAAGUAGGAAGUGGCUAAGUGUAGGGGCCAGUUCCUCAGGUAUUAGAAUUAGGCCAUGAUCUUGAAAUAAUAAUCUGACGGUCAUGUUAUAUGGAAACCACUUUACUACAGAUUUAGAGAAGACUGUAUUUUAUAAGUGCAUACUCGGUAAGAUCUAUUGUGUCAUUUGUUCAACCACUUAAGAUUUGUGAAGCUUCUUGAGGUUGAAGAAAUCAGUGACAAGGAGUAGAUUGUGACCUUUGCGCACGCGUGCGCGCGCACACACACACACACACACACACACACAAGGCUUAGAAAUAGUUUACCACCAGCCCCUUUUCCUUGGUGAAGGCUAACUGAGUUAGAAAUUCGUUGAAUAUCCCAAUUUAGUUUUUAACUAAAAUGUGCAACAUGCUGCAAUUUCCCCAGGUUAAUGUCACAGUGGUCAUUCUCCGGUUUAACAAAGGAAUACAAAUGUCUGCCUCAAUUUUUGUGUCAUUGAUAAGUUUCUGAAGAGUGCAGGCAUUUUCUCAAGAGUAUGACUGUAAGUAGAUUUUGAAUGAAGUCUUAAAAAUAAGCUAGCUAAUCUAGAUGCAUCUGUAACUUCUACAGAUGUUUCCCUUGUGACUUAUGAGAAUGAAUGAUUCUAAAAUAGACUCAAAUGGCCAAUAAACAGAGCCUAAGCCAACGUGCUCAAGAGUUUGCUCUUACUUAAUAACAGUGGCUGAAAGGAAAUAAGUAGUUUGAGGAAGUCGUUUUUAAAUCAGAGUUUAUAGAUAGAAACAGGAGAAUAUCAGCUUAACUCUGGAAUUUGUAGAAUAUGUUCUUUUAUAUCUAAACCUAAUUGCAGUGAUAAAGCCCAGCCACUGAUUGUCUCAAAUUUCUCUAGUUGUGUAGUCAUUCUUGAAAUCCUCUUUAAGAAAAAUCAAGUGGAAACAAACACUUUGUAAAUAAGGCUUGGCUUUCAUGAAAAAAUUGUUUAAAGGUUACAUUAAAGGAUUUAAACUCACUGAAAGUGUAAUAGAAAUGUGGAGAGUAAUGUGGGUAAGGGAAACUACCUCAUUCUUUGAAGGUUUUGUGGAAGCACAAUUAAACAUCCUAAAAUGGCUUUGUCACAUAUGAACCAUCUGGUGUGAAAGAACUCUAUAUUUGUAAUGUCUCAAGGACCUGGAAUAAUUGUAUUUUGCUGGCAAUAGACACAUUCUUUAUUGUUUGCUGGUUUCUCAUGAAAUCUUUAAUUACGCACUUGUUCCUGUCGUCAAUAAAGCAACCUAAAGGAA